UAUCACAAGUUAUUAUUUGUUUAGAUAAUGACCCAGCUCACAUAAGCAGAAAGGACAGAAUGAAGGGAUAUGCUGUCAUGGUCAUAAUUAUAUGGUUCAGCAGAGGUUCAACACUUAACGAAUGCAAACCAUGCCAAUGUUGUAACUAUGGCGCAGGCAGUUGCAUAUUAUUCAACAAUAUACAAGAUUAUUGUUAUAACGGGUGUCGUGACGGAUAUUUCAGUCCUAAAUGUACACAUUCUUGUAGAGACCAUUGUCUAAAGUGUAAAGAACUAUGGACGUGCGACAAAUGUCAGGAUGGAUAUUACGGUGAAUGGUGUCAAGAAUGCCCAAACAGAUGUGAGACGUGUUCCAAUUGGAAUAAUUGUGAUGUCUGUAAAGACGGAUAUUACAAUGGAAAACAAUACUUUAAUAGUGUAGAAACUACCACUUGCCAAUAUGCAUGUCCUGCUUCCUGCAAGACAUGCUCAUCAUUCCAUACUUGUCAGGAAUGUAAAAGCGGCUUUAUCAUCAAAUCAACCUUCAACUACAAAGAAAACAUAUGGUAUAGAACGUGCGACCCUAUAUGCGACAGUGGUUGUAAAACAUGUACGUCAAAGUAUUUUUGUACUGAAUGCAUCAAUGGUUAUUAUCUGGCAAAUGAGUAUUGUCAUAAAUGUAACGAAAAUUGUAUUUCCUGCUCAUCACAACAAAGAUGUACUGCUUGUAUUGACGGGAAGUACAAUCAUUAUUUUAAUGAUUGUAGAUAUUCUUGUAAACAAGAAUGCAAAUCUUGUACUUCAUAUAACACUUGUGCAGCUUGUGUUCGAGGACGCUACGGGACAUCAUGCGAACACAACUGUAGCCAUGGUUGCUUAAAUGGUGAUUGUAAUAAAAGUAACGGAUAUUGUCUCUGUAAAACUCGUUUCACAGGUGAAAAGUGUGACAAAUGCAAUGAUUACAAAUACGGUACAAAUUGUGAAAAAAAUUGUCCAAGAGAUUGUUUGGAUCCUAUGUGUGAUAGCAAUGGACACUGCUUCAAAUGCAAAACUGGCUUUCUUGGAAACAAAUGUGAGAAAUGCCAAGUGGGACUAUAUGGUCAAAAUUGUGACAUUAACUGUCCAAUCGGAUGUGCAAACAAUAAUUGUACCACUGAAGGUGUUUGCUAUAGUUGUAAGUCUGGAAAAUAUGGAAUAGACUGCACGGGAUCUCUGCUCAGUCGGUUGUGAC